UUCUGCGACAAUUUACCCUCUCCUCUUGUUCUCGUCUCUCCUUCCUUUAACUGAGUCAACUUUCUUCUUUCGCGGCACCACAAAAAUCCCUCUUAUCCGCCAUUGCGGGCCUAUCGCUAAACCUUCAAUAGAAUUUUCCCUGCCACUCACCUCUGCAAUACCCAAAUUCUGCCUGAUUUUACUCCUUUUUAUCGCAAUUUCUCUCUCCUUUAAAUCCGUAGCUCGAGCUCACAGAUCUAGGGUUUAAUGGAUGCUACACUUGAUCUCAAAAAUUGCAUUGAACGACGGCGCAUGAGGGAUAGAGACAGAGAUAGGGAAAGAGAGUUGGGAUUAGCUGCUUCCGGUCGUUCCAGAGAACAUCAGCGAGUCAAAGUCUAUCGUCUAAACGAGGAUGGCAAGUGGGAAGAUCUGGGAACUGGACAUGUUACUGUUGAUUAUGUGGAGAAGUCAGAAGAGCUUGGUCUGUUUGUCAUUGAUGAGGAGGAUAAUGAAACCUUGUUGUUGCACCGAAUCACCCUAGAUGACAUCUAUCAAAAACAAGAAGAUACAAUUAUAUCCUGGAGAGAUUCUGAAUAUUCCACUGAAUUAGCUUUGAGCUUCCAGGAACCUGCUGGUUGUUCUUAUAUAUGGGACCAUAUUUGUAAUGUGCAGAGGAAUCUACAUUUUAGUAAUCUUAACCAUGAUACAUUCCAUAGUGUGAAUAGCGAGUUGCGGGAGCUGCCACAUGUAGAGCUAUCUACACUUCCUUUAAUAUUGAAGGUCAUUUUUGUGGCUUCUUUCCAUAUUUAUGUUCUUCAGAUCGUGUUAGAGAGUGGUGUAACAGAUCAAAUGCGAGUGUCAGAACUUAUAUUGCAUGAUCAAGAGUUUUUCAGGAAGCUGAUGAAUCUGUUUAGGAUUUCUGAGGACCUUGAAAAUCUUGACAGCCUUCAUAUUAUUUAUAAAAUCGUGAAAGGGAUCUUAAUGCUCAAUAAUCCACAGAUUUUUGAAAAGGUGUUCGGAGAUGAGUUCAUCAUGGAUGUCAUUGGAUGUCUUGAGUAUGAUCCUGAUGUCUCUCAUGUUCUACACCGUGAUUUUUUGAAGGAGCACGUAUUUUUUAAGGAGGCCAUACCUAUUAAAGAUCCCAUGGUCUUGUCAAAGAUACAUCAAACAUAUAGAAUCAGUUACUUGAAGGACAUGGUUUUGCCGAGAGUAUUGGAUGACACAACUGUCGCAAGUCUGAAUUCUAUAGUGCAUACAAAUAAUGGUGUUGUAGUUUCGUUGUUGAAGGAAGACAGUACUUUCAUCCAGGAACUGUUCUCGAGGUUGAGAUCACCCAGCACCUCAGUAGAGUCCAAGAAAAAUUUGGUUUAUUUUUUGAAUGAAUUCUGCACUUUAAGCAAGAGUUUACAGAUUGUUCAGCAGCUUCGGCUUUUUAGGGAUCUUGUAAAUGAAGGCCUUUUUGAUAUCAUCAGUGACAUUUUGCAGAGUGAAGACAAACGACUUGUCUUGACCGGGACAGAUAUCCUUGUAUUUCUUUUGAAUCAGGAUCCAAAUCUUUUGCGUGGUUAUGUUGUUCGACCUGAAGGAACUCCUCUUCUUGGUCUUCUGGUCCAAGGUAUGCUUACCGAUUUUGGGGAUGAUAUGCAUUGCCAGUUUCUUGAAGUCCUCCGCACUUUGUUAGAUUCAUACACAUUGCCGGGUUCACAGAGAGAUUCUAUCAUCGAGAUUUUCUAUGAAAGGCAUUUUGGGCAGCUGAUUGAUGUCAUAACAUCUUCAUGUUCCGGGGUGGGCAAGUGGAUAGCUACAGCUCCUAUGGAAAAUUUUGUUAAACCCAGCUACACAAAGCCAGAGAUUUUAUUAAGCAUCUGCGAGUUAUUGUGUUUUUGUGUUGUGCACCAUCCACACCGGAUAAAGUGUAAUUUCCUUCUUAAUAACUCAAUGGACAAAGUUCUGUAUUUGACAAGGAGAAGAGAGAAGUAUCUAGUAGCUGCUGCUGUGAGAUUUUUCCGCACGGUUGUUGCUCGCAAUGAUGAAAAUAUUAAUAAUUAUAUUAUAACGCAAAACCUUCUCAAACCCAUUGUGGAUGCCUUUGUCGCUAAUGGUAUACGAUACAACUUGCUCAAUUCUGCUGUUUUGGAGCUCUUUGAGUACAUUCACAAGGAAGCAAACAUGAAUCUGUUUAAAUAUUUGGUGGUGUCUUUUUGGAGUCAGCUAAGCAAGUUUGAAAAUUUGGCUUCUAUUCAUUCUUUGAAAGUGAGAUAUGCACAGUACCUGGAGACUGUUGGAACAAAAUCUGUUGUUACAGAUUUGAAGAAACGAGUUGAAGAGCGUGUGAUGGAGAAAGAAAAGGAGGACUACUUCAAUGAUGACAGUGACGAGGAAGACACAGCAUCAGCUUCAAUGUUGCACAAUCAAAGGGCACAAGUUCAUCCUGUUUCAUCUAAUGGUUCUGCUCCUAGCACAACGUUAAGCUCCAAACCCCCUGGAGUAGUAGAUUACGAUGAUGAUGAGGAUGAUGAAGAUUGCAAACCUCCACCUAGAAGACAGACAGGUGCUUCUGAUGGGGAUGUAAGUACUCUAGAGCUUUCAAGUGUAAAAAGGAAGGUAGCUGCUGAGGAGGAGCCAGGAUUAAUCAAGAAGCAGCGGCUUGACAAAAACUCUAAACUAAAAGAAAACAUUUUUGCUGCCCCAUGUUCAACAAUUAGCCAAGCUGUUCUUCCAAACAAAGACGCUGCAAGUAUAGUGCAUAAUUCUUCCCACAGCGCAAGUACAAAAACGACUAACUGUAAUCACCAGCAAGAUAACGAAGCCGACUUAGCUAGAGAUCACAUUGUUCAGAACAGUUCAGAUGAUGAGAACAGAAGUGAACAGAAUAUUGUACCUCAAAACAAUUCUGAUACAUUACAGAAACGUCAAGAAAAUGGACAGUUAAAAGGGGAAGAGCAUCCACAUGUACCAGCAAAUACCUCAUCGGAGAUGGCAGUAAAUGGAUCUUAAUAUUAUGAUGGGAUGCUCGAUUUCUGGUGAUACUACCUCAUUAAAGUUGCUCUAUUUAUUGCUAGCUGAAUAGCUAUUUUAUCCUUAAUCAUAAACGAGAAUCACACCCCUACAGGAAGAGUGGAUAUAUUAAAGCGACUUAAGUGAAUCUGUUGGCUCAUGUACAAACGAAUAUAUUGAUGGGGUGAUUUGUACAGCGCUACAUCGAAGACCUCCAAAUCACAAUGCAUUAUUUUCUCAAGCUUUCGCCUUCUGGUAUGUGUUUUGAGCGUCUACAAGUUACCUAAUACUUUUGCAUUGAUAUUCCGUCACCGUGAGUAUAGAAAAAGAGGGUUCUGUAAAACUCAUUUCAGUCCAAUUUUUUGGUUUUUAGUAAUCUCUUGUAUCUUCCACUGUCCUGCCAUUGCCAAUCACAUAGGUUUGCUUAUUAGUGUUGCAAUUUUGGUGUGAUCUCUGUAAUCUAGGGGUAUUUGUUCUAUUUGCUUUGAUUCUGGACAUUGUUCUAUUUGCUCUAUAAAUUUGUACAUUAUUCCUAGAAUACUAAGCCUUUCAUCAAGGCCAACCUUGCUUAAA